UGUGUGAACUAGCACAAUUUUAGGGAGAGGUAUUAACCGCCCCAUUCUACCACCUCCCCUUUCUAAAUCAGCUAGCUAAUUAAGUAAAGACGGAGAGGGAGAGGUAGUAAGAGUAAAUGAUUGACUGGUGACUGACGGAUUGGGAAUGUUACACCUGUAACAGUUCAUAUGUGCGAGCCUGUCCCCUGCAAAAAAAUAAAAGUUGACAACGCAACGGUUACGUGGAUCUAGAGUUGCGUAGGGUUUUAUUUUGUUCUCAAGGGCAAGGAACACGUGAAAAGGGGCAGAAUACAUGAAGAAAUAUUUUUUAUUCGUCGUCACUUGAAAUGUGAAAAUGUCAACCUGUACUUUGACAAGGGUCAAGUUUUUGUUAUUAAAAGAAGAAGAAUUGAAUUGCUCCAGUGUAAGGCAAGAAUAAACGGUCUAAAUUCCCGACCAAUUAUUAAACGUGCUAUCCGUUUGGAGUGGAUUCAAAACCGGAACCGGUCAAUCGGAGAAAGGGAAAAUGUACAGUUUCAAGCAUUUGAGGAUAAGCUACAACAUUCGGAACUAUUCCCACGGAUUUUGAAUGGACCUCUAUUGACAAAAUACACCUCACUCCCGCUGUCUGUUCAAGGACCUUUGACGCCUUCUCGGUCAUUUUCACGCAGAGCUAGCGAGCUAACAUUCGCUUCUGUUAAAAUCUGGUCCACAUAGACCCCGAACUGUUUUUUCUUCGCUAGCUAAGUGUAAAUAGAAUAUGCUACAGUAGAACAGCCUGUAAGAUACAGCUAUAGGAUAUAGUCUUUAUAACCCUUUAGACUGAAGUCUAUCCUUACCUUUUCAUUGUUACAUUAGGCUACAGUAGACUUUUUAUUAGCUCAAUUAAUGCAAGAAGCAGUGUGCUUCAAACCUGCUUAACUGAACUUGUGAAUUAAGUGUAGCCUAAUUUGGAUAGAUUUCAGUAGCCUAUUAAUAUUAUUUUCGUGUGCGAUGUGGAAUGACAGGAGCUGUGGUUGCACUGUGUGGUUUCGAAAUUUUGACCUGUACCUUGGUUUCGGCUAAUCAAUACCGGCGAUGGAUAUUAUGGACUUAAACAUAAUAAAUUGUUGUUAAUAAAUACAAAGAAGGGGGAAAAGAAGAAAAGAAAAUUCAAAAAAGAAGUUAAUAUACAGAGAGCUUUUCACUUUGUGUCCCUUUUGGAACCUUAACAAUGGGGAUUAAGCUUCAAGUUAUUCUAGGAAUGUUUCAGUUCGUCCUGGUUACCAGAAUGCCCACGUCUUAUGCCAAGCUGGCUCACUGGCAGCCUGCCGAAAAUCACAGAUCCAGAGAAGUGCUGAAAUGGCUGGAGGUGUACAGUAUGAGUGGGUGCCAGCCGAGGGAGACCCUGGUGGAGGUGUGGAGGGAGUUCCCCAGGGAGACCCAGCACCUCUUCCUGCCCUCCUGCGUUGCCCUUCGCCGCUGCGGGGGCUGCUGCUCCGAUGAAGCCCUGGAGUGCGUGCCCUCACAAUCCUACACGCUCACCGUGGAGCUGAUGAAGACGACCUACCUGAAGCACGAGCUGGUGCAGAUGCCAUUCACUGAGCACAGCCAGUGUGAGUGCAGACCAAAAAAAGACGUUCAGCUAGUGCCUGUAAGGCAGGAACAAAGCCCAGUGAGGAAAGGGAGACAGAAGGGGAGAGGCAAAUCCAAACGAAAGAAAAGCGGAAAAAUCAAACCAUCCCUUCCUCCAGCCACCCCUGGACCACAGUGCCCGCCCUGUCCCGGGCGAAGGAGGGUGCUCGACCAACAGUCGUGCCACUGCCGCUGCACUCAGAGCCAGGACAGCUGCAGACAGAGAGGGAGACACCUCAACCAGCAAAGCUGCAGAUGUGAGGCGAUACGGCGCUGAUGGGCUGGACUCACUCUGCCUCGUGCCAACGUGAUAAGACGAUGGUUUUGUGACAGAGCGGAGAUUUAGUGAUGAGGGAGGGGACUGAUGGGUCGGUGUGGCCAAACCAGAACACUCACAUCCCUUUAGCCCCCUCAACUCCCAAAACAUCAUCAACAAGUAGUCUGACAUAAAUAUAUAUGUGUAUAUUAUCUACUCAUCACAAAGCUUUGGAGCAUUUUGCUGCUAAACUGGGCUGUGUCAGGCGUGAUGCCAUAAGCAACUGAGAGGAUCUUUCGCCAUGAGUAAGUGGAAGGAUCAAAAGAGAUGCAAUAAACGUAUUCUGGAGAGCGGAGCCACAGGACUGUGCCAGUAGACUGCAAACAUAGAGGAAUAUGUGGAGGGACUCGUGUCACGCCGUGUAUUUCCCCGGAAGAGCCGUCCGUUUCCCGUUCCGCCUUGCGGUGCGCUGCGGUCCCUUUAAGGUACCGUGCACUGUCUGCCACAAAUUGCCCAACUCAGUCAUUGGAAAUGGAGCAGAUUCAAUAUCAGGCCAUAUCUGCAGCUUUCCUGAUUCACCGUUGCCAGGUUCCACUCCGAUAUCUGCUGCCGUUGCAUGAACAAGGUUUCCAAACGCAUCGUGAAGUCAGAUGAGCAUGUGACACAACCGUUGAGCCUAACUGGAAGGAGUUAUCAGUACUAAAACGAUUACAGUAAAUGACACGGUGAUGAUGCUGUGAUAGACUCUGGAGUGCGCCCAGACAAAUGUCAGAAGGGUAAAGAUUCCUCCUCCUAAUUCGGGCAUUAAAAGCUAAGUCACAUGUCCAUCUGACCACGUGGCAUUCCAUCAGUACCAGAGCGGUCCGCUGCCCUGGGCCCACAGCAGAGUUUGGAGGGUGAAGCACUAGGUCAGUAUGUGGACGUAUUGGGGGCAGGGCAGUGACAAAGGUGAGAGGAGCUCUUCCGAAUAUUUUCACAAGUGUGUGUGUAGACCUGUUUUAUGUUCAACACAGUUGAGAAAUAUUUCCAGGGUGCCCCAAACUGUUCUUUAUUCAAUAUUCUCAUUUUUAGAUUAACAUGUGCCUGUAGUAUAUCAGUAUCAAGACUCACACACUCACACACACACACACACACCCACACAUACUCUCUCUCUCUUUUUCUCUCUUUCUCGCUCUCUUAUAUAGUCACAGGCAUGUGCAGAAUUUACCAUUAGAUUCAUUUUCACUGGGUCUUUAGUUUCAGGUGAACAAAUUUCAAUGGGAGUCUGUGUGGUCCUCACAUUGAUAUCUGUACAAACCUGUGUGUGCUGCCUCUCAUUCAUUGUCUCUGCAUAUGAGUCCAUCAAAUGGGCACAAACUCCAUCAAUGAAUCUCUCAUUUGGGGUCUGUUGUUUGAGUUUGCUUAGUCUUUUCUCUUUCCUUGUGGCAAUGAAAGAGCUUUUAACUUCAGCUAAGCAGUGAGGGGAAUGCCAAUAACGAGGAGGCCUGGCUGUUUCCCACUGACAUACACACACACACACGCACACACACACACACACACACACUCACACACACACACACAUGCACGCACACACACACACACACACACACAAACAUUUAUUCACUUUACUCUCAGUGAUAUGCACAAACACAUAAUGUUCUAUUCCCCAUCUUUCUAGGGACCAUUGACAUCUGUUAAAAAAAGUUUGGCACUUUAAUACACAGACACAUUUCUCUCUUAAUAUUCAAAUGAAAGAUGUACUUUCAGGAUAUCUUGGAAACACUGUGACAUAAAGAAAGACAACACACAGGUAACCAUAAGCUUUUCUUGAUGUAAUUAUGACUGAAAAAAGGAAAAUAUAUUUAAAUUUAUAUGAAUAUAUAUUUGCAAGAGAUAUGAGUUUGGGUGAUUACAUAUUUUUUUAAUGUCAUUUUUAUGUUGCGUUUAAACUUAAACAAGCUUUGUUUUUUUUUUUAUAUUGAAUAUUUGUGUGCAUGUGUGUGUGUGUGUGUGCGUGUGUGUGUUAUUUGUUUUUUGUUUGUCAUUAAUCCGUCUCCUUUAAGAAGCUCUCUGGGUGGCUGACCAUGUACACAAAAGGCAUCCAGAGAAUCUGCCUGCAUUUCUGAGUUGAAUUUAAAGCCCAUGGUUUAGAAGCAAGGGAAAGCAGUUCUGUAUGAAACUUGGCCCCCUUUUUUAUUUUAUCAGAGAUAGAAAGAAAUGUCCAGAACUGGCCCUGUACAUUAAGUAACCAUUCCCUUUCAGUGCCCACUCCUUGUUCUAUCUUACACACUCAGAUAACACUUCCUUAUUUUUACAGGUAUUUGCUUUUUAGGUGCUGUGACUUUUCAACAGAAUUAAUCAGUGUUAAAAAAAAAACAAUCUUCAAGAUGGCCAAAGUUUAAAUUGUGAGUACUGUGCCUUAGAUUAUCAUCUAAAAAAGGCUAACUGAGGAAGAAUCAUUGUAAAGAAAUGUGCCCAAUAUGUGUCUGGGAGGGAAAGUGAGUAAUAACAACACAAGAUGGUAAAAUACUAUGAAAUAUCAUUUUAAAGUUGCCCUAUAGGGCAUUACAUGCAUGGCCCAGUGCAGGCCAUAUAAUAUGACUUGUUUCCUUUGAUCCUUAUGUUUGUGAGGGACAGUAGAGUCAGCUACCAGUCUCUGAUAAGCAACUAUAAAGAUAAGAACUUGUGCUGUUAUACAGCUCAUGACUAUAGUAGAAAUCUAAGAUUGCAUUCUUUAACUGAUAAUUUGGGGUAGUAACUCUCAAAGUUUCUUUGUGGAAACAUCACUCAGAUGACCACUCUGACCCACAAACACCUAUUUAAAAGAGUAUGCAUGGCUGAUUGUAGAGUGCAUUAUAGAGAUUGGUCUCUCUCUCUCUCUCUCUCUCUCUCUCUCUCUCUCUCUCAUAAAGAAUACACCUUUGUAAGCUGCUUUGCAAAAAGGCAUCUGCCAAAUUUGGAUACAGGAUACAUUCAGACAAAUUUUGUUUAUGAACAGAACAUCACCAUCUCCAACAAACUGUUAUUAUGCCUUACAACAUGCUAUAUUUACUGCCUAGUGGAAUACCUAACCUAGGACAACUUUCAAUACUUAAACCCCCCUGUAAUUCAUUUAUACAGCAGCCUUUUACUGGAGCAAUAGAGAAACAAUAUCUUGCUCCAGGAUAGUGACUGACCUGGGAUUCUAGUCCACAUUGUUCGUGUCCAAAGUCCAGUGUCCUAACGAGCACUGCCCUCAUAGACAACAUUGUCAGCUUCAGGCUGUAGAGAUCAUAUCCUCCACUAACUAAAUGGAGGAGUAAUGUAUGCAUUGUACAUGUAUAGAAAUGGGGCUAGAGAUUUUUUCUUUAAAAUGUAAAUGUUACCCAAGCUCUGGGAGUUUCACCAGUGGUGCUAUAAACUAGGAUUUCUAUCUAUGUGGAGAUGAGUUUUAUCACAUUUUAUCCUCCCCCUGACAGAUGAAAUGUAAGAGGUGUCCUCGAAUCUCUGUUUCAGUACUUGGAUGUGUUUCCUUAUAACCGCACUAUAAUUAGCCGUAAUCCUUUCUUUGUCCCCUUCUUUCUGUCUUUUUUCAUUGAUCUCCUAUUUAGAGAUUCUCCAGUACAACCCCAGUGACCUCUCAUUAGCAGCUGUGUCUCCCUCUUAAGCUGUCCCAGGCUUUUCGUUUUAAUAGCUUCUGCUUUCUUCUCCCAUCGCCUCCUCUUCCCGCUCUUUACCAACGCAACAUCCCCGCCCCCCCCACUCCCCGUUUCGUGACUCUCUAUCACCCCCACCCCGUCUCUACAUUGCCAGAAUACACAGAGAUCAGGAGGCUUGCAGUGUAACCCACUUUCUCUUCCUAUGUCAUAAUUUAUUCAUCUGGCAAAAGUUCUAAUCCCAUUCCGGAACCAUUUAGGCAACUGGGUUUUAGAGCUGGAUUUUAGGGCAGCAAUCACGGGGCCCCCGUCUGUGACUCGCAUCCACAGCCCUCUAGUGUGGGCAGGUCCAAGCCUUAACUUUUGCUGGGUUUGGAGGGGGGUAACAGCGGGAAACAAAAUGAGGCACUGCUGACAACCGAAUAAAUGUGUGUUUUAAUACCAGUGUUGGGGUGGAUAAAAUGUUUAUAUUUAUUGUUAUUUAUCUCGUUUGACUCCUCCACAUGAGUAUUCAUUUUUGCUUACUUAGACAUUUGUAACAUUUUUUUUAAAAGUUAAUUUCACUCACAUCACACAAAUGAAAGCCUCACUAACGGGACAUUGCACAAGACGUAUUGUAACAGGUAUUCUGUCCAUUGUCCUGGCUGAUCUCUAUAAAAAAUAAGUGUGUAAAUCCACAUGCAAUAUUUGGGACAAGUACAAUAUGUACCAAGGUGGAAUUUACACACUGCAGUUGAAUGCCUUUGAAAGAAUGUGUUGACACUGACUUUCUGUCUCCACAAAUAUGCCCAAUGUACAGCAGGCACUCAGAGGCACUGUCUGUAUGGAGUUUGUCGGCUUGUUAGUAACAGGAGAUUUGUACUGAGCAGAAACAACACAGAACUGUCGUGCCAGCUUGGUGAUAUGAACAUACUGCUUGCUCUCUGCUUCCCUCACACACACACAAAAAAAAAACACAAUUUAGCGUAGAAUAACUCUAGCACCUAAUGACUUGUGUAUUAUCCAGUGAACUUAGGUAAUUUAAAAGUUCUAUAUAAUGUCAGUCUUAUUACCACCUCAGAUUUAGAAGUGUUGAAUAGAAAAGGUCUUAGAUUGUCAUGCUCAGUUUCAAUCAACCCCCAACUCCAAUCUAUAUAUUCAGUGUAUGUAUGCAUAUAAUGAUGAUAUGAUUAAUAUUAUUGCUGCUACACCAUCUGUGCCCUAUUUGAUGUCUGUGCAAGUGUACAAAUUGUGUUUGUCAGUUAUGUUACAUUAUGAUGGUAUUAUUAAUCAUUUAAAUGUGAAUGUGACCAAGAAUAUUAUUGGUGUUGAUACAUGAGUAACAGUGAUGUUAAUAGUAGAAAAUGAUACAAGGUUCAAUAUGUUAUUAAAGGAAAUGGAUUAUUUUUGAAAA